GAUUAUCAGCACUCACCACACCACCAUAAACCAAAACCCCAUAACCCAUGGCUGCUCCUCUUCUUCUCAGACAGGCUCUCCUCCUUCGUUGUGGAGACCAGAAAGGAGUUGUGCAGGUAGUUUGUUUCCAUAACUACCAAAGCUUCACCGCCGGAGCUAUCGCGGCGCGUUACAGGCCGUUGUGCAGCGCCACCGCCAACUUAUCGUCGGACGAAGCCGAUGAGAAAACAAAAUCUAGCGGCAUUAGCAACAACUCCUUUGUGCGGAAAGCUCAGUUCCCGUCAAGUCAGUCGCGGUGGGAGGAUGACCCCGAUUACCGGAAGUGGAAGGACAAAAAAGAGGAGAUUCUGAGGGACAUCGAGCCUAUCAUUAUGCUCGCCAAGGACAUUCUCCACUCCGGAAGGUACAUGGACGGAGCGCGAUUGAAUAUGGAAGACCAGAAAGCGGUUGUUGAGAAGCUUCUUGCGUACCAUCCACAGUCUGAAGAUAAGGUUGGAUGCGGCCUUGAAUCCAUUAUGGUUGACCGCCAUCCCCAAUAUCGACAGUCAAGGUGUCUUUUUAUAGUAAGAACUGACGGUGGCUGGGUUGAUUUCUCCUAUCAGAAGUGCCUUCGCGAAUACAUUAGAGAUAAGUACCCUACUCAUGCGGAAAGGUUUAUUCGACGACAUUUUAAGCGUGGAAGUGGUUGAUGUAUAUAUAAUGGAAUUUGGUUACUUUGGUGUGAUCAUAGCUUUUUACAUAUGCUUUUCCCUCUAAUUGCUCUCUGGCCUGCCUAUACUGUCAAUAGCAGUAGAUACCCAUUGAUUGACUGGGAUAUCAAGCUUAUUAUGAAAGAAACAGAGAAAAUUAUUCAAGUGGGCUUCACUUUGUUGAGUUAUAAGUUUUGUAAAACAUUUUAUUGGGCAUGCAAAUUGGUGGUUGGGUAACUGUCUGGUUGGCAGUAAGGAAUGAAUUUUGUUGUUUAAUGA